AUGGUGAAGCUGAGAAAAGAGACCAAGAAAAGGGUGCAGCAGCUCUUCAGGGAUGGUCAAUUUUCUGACUGCUGCUGAUUUUCUCCCCCUGUGAUUUAGCUGGGAUUUAUGGGUGGUGCAGAUCCUGGAAUGCCUAACCCAUACAUUUUAACUCUCCAUUGGAGAUAA